UAUCUGGCUUGACACCGGGCUCAGCGCCAUGGAAACUACCAACGUCAAACGGGCUUCCACCGGGUCAGAACCACGCACGGCAUCCGGAUGACGCCUGGCAAUCCCGCUUCUCAAUUAACACAUGUGACUCGUGGUGAAAUAUUCUGCUAACAGUCAUCAACAGUGUGAUAACUAACAUUAGCAACGCUGGAAGUUUAUUCUCACGUAUCUGAGACAGCAAAAAGCCAAGCGAGCGGCUCGCCGUGGGAGACACGCCGAGAUAGCUGCUCUUUUCACCGUGUAAAUCUUCCUCGGCAAGGCGGAGAAAAACGGUCGUCUUCUCACAAAAGAUCGCAGCAGGAACGAGCUACAGGAACGGCGACAUCGCUGGACACUUGUCACGGGAAAGGUGUGUGAACCCUGCAGGCUGAGUUCCAGUGGUACCGGGUAGGAGGAAUGCUUCAUCAGACUGUGGAAUAUUGACACAUUUUGUUGUACACUAUUGCCUAGCGGACGGUAACCAGUAUUUCACAUGGUCAUGGCGGAUGGAUCUAGCCUUAACAUGGUGAAAACGGAGGGUAACGCGCUACUGAAAGCAGCUUGGUUACGGCGUCUGCGAUUGGCUCGCCUGUUGAUAGAGGGCGGGGCUGAUGUGAACGCAGCCAAUGAGGACGGCCAGAACGCCCUGAUGAUCGCCUGUAUGAGUACUUAUAAGGAUGAUCAGAGUGUUGACAAGGCCAAAAUCGUUCGCUAUCUUCUUGACAACAAGGCGGAUGUAAACUGUAAAGACAAAGCCGGUAGAACAGCCUUGAUAUAUGCCUGUAAAGAGAAAGCUGGUGCUGACGUUGUCCAGCUGCUUCUCCGUAAGGAAGCCGAUCCUAGAAUAGAAGACUCGCCCGGGUCAUCCGCCCUGGUGUACGCCGUCAAUUCAGGAGACGUCCGCGUGCUCAAACUACUCAUCAACGCCUGCAAAGAGAAGGGAAAAGAAGUCAUUCUAAUCACCACUACAAAAAGUAACGACACCCCUCAGUGUGAAGACACAAAGCAAUACUUAUAUGUACCCAAAUCACUCAUGCUAAGUCCGCCUUCUCGCAUCAGGCGACUUUCUCCAUCCGACAUCAACUGUGAUCUCAACAGAUUGCAGCACAAGCUCAACCUCGGACCAGCCGGGAACACUAAGCGGGAAGAAGAGGUAACUCGUGUCGAUCCAGUUCUGGACCCUGGCGUCGAAGACGUCAUCAUAGGAGAGCUGCCCACCAGAUUUUCUAAACUUGAUACUUGUUCAGAAGAUACGGAUGACGCUAGCGAUCAAGAGGAGGACACGGUGUCUUCUCAGAUCAGAAGGUUGGAUAGAACCGGGAGACGUUCACCGAAAAUUCCGCUGCUCCGACGCCAUAGCUUUGACCCAAAUGUGGUAACCUCUAGUGCCAAACUAAGUCUAUUGAAUAAAGAGAAAAGUAGUUCCGCGGAGAAGUUGCGUCAGCUAACGGAAGGUUCGCGAUGUGGCUCCCUCAGCAAGCUCAGUAAUGUCGGGAAGGACGGACCACCUCUGGCCGUAACAGAGAGACGACUUCCGAGAGAUAGAAGAGAACGGAAAGAAAAAAGACGUUUGGUAAAGCAGCAGAGUUGUGAAGCAAUACGUUUUGAUUCUGGAACGAAGUUCGAGUCGACUCUUCCAGUUAUGGCUAGUAAUACUGGACAUUCGUCAUCAGCGCCGAGUUCUCGUCCACUCUCGCGAGAAGGGAACCACGAGACUGAAGCUCCCCAGUUGCCAUGCUACGCCCGCCGUGGUUCUUUGCCGCUUCCUCCGCUCUUGCCAACCAGACUCAAUCCUUACGAGUCAUCCUCAGACCGCGAGUCUUCGUGUGAGCCUUCUCCGGACUACUGUGGUGGUACUCCCCCGUCACAUCUACACCGGCUUCGGCAGUUACACGACAAGGCCACCGCGUCCGCUAUCGACAUACUACGGUACCAAAACAGAACCAAGAGGCGGGGAUCAGGAACUAUUCUCAUGGACGAAAUAUCACAAACACGUCCAGGAAUUUUGCCUCCGCUAAACUUCAACCCCAAACCGCCUAUACCAGACAUCGGCAGUAUCCCUAACUCUCCCGCCGUGUCAGAACAAAUCGAGUCACCGGUCGACAGCCCGAGUCGAACGAAAAAUUCCAGCGCCAAAUCUACCAACAGGAGAUUCUCCUUUCAGCUAGAGGAGAUCAGACGGCUGAGUGCACAGAUGGAACAAACUACAUUCUCAGCUGAGUCGUCUUCUGUCGAAUCGAGUCCAACCAAAUCAGAUGAAAUCCGUCAAUAGACUAUCAAACUUGCGCAUCACGGCAGAGAC